UCCAAUUCAAUGUUGUCAAAUUGACUUUAUGCUACAAACGAAGUCAAUAAAAGGAGCAAGCACGCUCAGUUUCCUGGCUCUUGAAAAGGAGUUUGGCUGCCUGUUUAAUCUAUAUUAACACUGAGGAAGUACAACACAUAGUGAGAGCAGAACAACCCCCACCAAUACCCUUUUUUAGGCUACAGGUAUACUCCUUCAAUUCAACUUCACUUUACAACAAACAUUUUCUGAAACUUCACACACACAUGUGCACACACACACACACACACACACACACACACACACACACACACACACACACACGCACACACUACAUAUCACAAGGCCUACUCUCUCUCUCUCUCUCCCUCUGUGGGUCAUGGUCUUGUGUACUUUGGUUAAAUCAUCAGUGGUGCAAAACGCUCUCUCUCACACACCUACCCACACACACUUGCACACACACACACGCAUUCAGCAUGGUGGGAGCUGUGAUCGUCCUGUGGCUGAGUGUCUGUCUGCUCCUAUGGCUGCUGAUGGGGUCGCGACCCCAGGGAUUCCCCCCGGGCCCUGCGCCUCUUCCUCUGAUUGGCAACCUGCUCCAGCUGGACCCCCAAAACCCCCUGAAGACCCUGUCCAAGCAUGUUGUCUGGGUGUCUGGUGGAGACGGAAGCUCAUGUGGACCUGGGUCUGGGCCUGGGGUACAUCCAAUCUAAUGCAACGCUUGAGUCCGAUGGUCAGAGAACACGGCAGGAGUCGAGUGGCCAGCAGUAGCAGGGUCAGCUCCAGUUGGCUCAGCGGUAUGGUCCUGUGUUCAGUCUGUAUAUAGGCACUCGUCCAGUAGUGGUGCUGAAUGGCCAGCAGGCGUUGAGAGAGGCACUGGUCACCAAAGCAGUGGAGUUCACAGGACGACCUGACCACAUCAUGAUCAGCCACAUGACAGAAGGAAAAGGGGUGAUUCUGGCGGAUGUUGGCCCUAGCUGGCGAGAGCACCGGCGUUUCGCUCUGUCCACGCUGAGGAACUUUGGUCUGGGCAAACGCAGCAUGGAGCAGCGCAUCCUCGAGGAGCUCACACACGUCUGUGCUUUACUAGAGAAGAGUGCAGGCGGCUCAAUGGACCCUCAGCAUCUUUUCCACCAUGCGGCAUCCAACAUCAUCUGCUCCAUCAUCUUCGGCUCUCGCUUCGACUACGAUGACCACUACUUCCAGACCCUCAUCACAAUGAUGGAGGAGAUCAACAAGCUGGCCAUCGGGCCCUGGGCCAUGCUGUAUGACGUGGCGCCAGUGUUGCGGGCGCUCCCUCUGCCCUUCAGGAAGGUGUUCCGGUACUAUCAGCGGCUCAGGGAGCACAUGCAGCAGGUCAUCACACAACACCAGCACCAGAGUGCGGCACACACACACGAACCCAGAGACAUGAUAGACUGCUACCUGCAGGAGAUGCAGAAGAGGGCAGGCGAUGGGUCUUCAUUUGAUGACUCCCACAUGGAGAGUUUGCUGAUUGACUUGUUCGUCGCUGGAACAGACACAACCUCCAACACACUUCGCACGGCAUGUCUCUACCUGAUGACACACACACAUGUACAAGAGCAAUGUCAUCAGGAGAUUGACGCCAUGCUGGGCUGUCGUGAGUGUGUGUCAUUUGAUGACCGACACACCAUGCCGUAUGUGCAGGCGGUCAUUCACGAGUCGCAGCGCGUGGGCAACGUAGUCCCCCUCAGUGUGUUCCGCACCGCCACAACACACACACAGCUCCAUGGAUAUACCAUCCCUAAGGGCACGAUGGUCAUCCCUAACCUGUCCUCUGUGCUGAGUGAAGAGGGCCAGUGGAAAUUCCCUCAUGAGUUUAACCCUCACAACUUCCUGAAUGAGCACGGAGAGUUUGUCAAACCUGACGCCUUCCUUCCUUUCUCAGCAGGCUCCCGAGUGUGUCUCGGGGAGAGUCUAGCCCGGAUGGAACUCUUCCUCAUCCUGGUGACUGUGCUACGUCGGUUCCAGCUGGUGUGGCCAGACGAUGGGGGUGUGCCCGACUACGAGCUCAUCUUUGGGGCCACUCAGUCCCCCAAACCCUAUCGGAUGGGCGUCCGCUUACGACCACAGGUUGGGAACUAGAACAUCCAUCCAGAUCUACUCCUGUCUGCUGGGAUCUAGAACAUUCAUCCAGAUCUACUCCUGCCUGCUUCUUGUCCCCUGUCUUCUGCAGAUGGACAGCUAGCGCAUCUGAAAUAAUCUCAAUACAAGAGGCUACGUGUAUAGGGACUACAUAUCUGUAGGAUUCCAGUUGAACACAUCAUUACUUUCAAGAUGGUAUUCCUCCAUUGACUUGCAUUGUAUUGAACACAGCACCACAUGUGGCAUUACAAGAGAGCUGGUCCAGCAAUUCUUUUUGCAUCACAUGACAUCACUGUAACUUUCAACUACCAUGUUUGUGCUUAUGGUGUGUCCAUUGUCACCGCCCACAGCAUUCAUUCACUAUGGUUACCACUGUGCUUCAUGACUAGAGCAAAGGGAAAGUCACACAAGCAGAUCGUGCAGUACACUUUAUUUUAUGUGCUGUUGGCUGUAAUAGCAUUACUUACUUGUCGUGAUCAAAAAAAAUAUUUUUGCUCUCCUGGUGA